AUGUUACGGCGUGCAUGUUGCUCUCAACUUCUCAAGCCUAGCAGACAUAGCUUGAGGACUAUCUCUUCGCUGUCCGACGUCCUUGCUAGGGGUGCACCAGUUGAUGUCCAUCCGGAAGUACAGGCUGCUCUCGCCACGAGACAGCCUGUGGUCGCGCUCGAGACGACUAUCGUAACCCAUGGCAUGCCUCAGCCAACGAAUCUCGAGACAGCACGGGUUGUCGAAAAUAUCGUUCGCUCUCAAGGCGCGAUACCCGCAACUAUGGGCAUCAUAGGAGGUCGCAUCAAGAUUGGUCUUCAUCCGAACGAGCUGGAACACCUCGCUGACGUUGGAAGCAACCCUAAUGUGGUCAAGGUCUCUCGCAGGGAUCUUGGGCCGGCGAUUGCUCUGAAACAUGAUGGCGGAACGACAUGCAGCACUACACUCAUGUUCGCUGCUAUGGCUGGUAUCAAGGUUUUUGCAACGGGAGGUUUAGGGGGUGUACAUCGAGGAGGAGAGUCUUCCUUGGACAUUUCAGCCGAUCUCUUAGAAUUGUCCAGGUGUCCGGUUGGAUUAGUCUCGGCUGGUGUCAAGUCCAUACUUGAUAUUGGAAGGACUCUGGAGUACUUGGAAACGCUUGGCGUCCCGGUCGUAUCUUACGGCGAAACAGACGAUUUCCCGGCAUUCUAUAGUCGGAAGAGUGGAUUCAAGAGCCCUUGGAGAGUGAAUGACUCUGGUUUCGCCGCUCAGAUCUUGCGAUCGCAAGGUCAAAUAGGAAUGUCAACUGGUGCGAUCUUCGCAGUUCCUAUCCCGGAAGAGUACGAAGCGGUGGGCUUGGAGAUGCAGAAAGCUGUUGAACAGGCACUUGAGGAGGCAGAGCAACAGGGUGUCAAUAAGUGGGGCAAAGCUACUACCCCGUGGCUGCUCAAGCGAGUGGGUGAACUUACGGCUGGGAAAUCCCUCAAUAGUAAUGUUGCGUUGAUAAAAAAUACGGCUCGUAUCGGUGGCCAAAUUGCCGUAGCUUAUUCCGAUCUCUCUGCGUCAGUCUUCCAGCCAGCUAGUCCCACCCAGCAUAUCUCUCAUGAACAGUCCGCGAUGCAAUUGGAAGCCACCCCUGUAAGGAUGCUCAAGCCCAAAGUAGACCUAAUGGUGUUCGGCUCAGCAGCUGUGGAUAUAACGGCACAAACGUGCGACUCGCAUGUAUCUCUCGGCAAGCACUCCACAAGCCCUGGCGCGAUUACAACGUCACUUGGUGGUGUAGGAAGGAACAUUGCCGAGGCCGCUCAUCGUGCUCUGUCAGGAACUUCGUCGACGUCGGCGCGUUCGACGCUAUUGGUCUCUCCCGUCGGCAGCGAUAGCUUCGGUAAGCUACUGACAGAGGAGACGGCGGGGCUCGGAAUGCGCACAGAUGGGCUUCUCGUUAUGGAGUCGCAGCGUUCCGCUGUUUGUAACAUGGUCUUGGACGGCGCUGGAAACUUGAUUGGAGGCGUGUCUGACAUGGACAUCAUCGAGUCUUUGUCAUCGGGUAUGGUACGCAUAUUCCUCUUGGCCAAGCCUCAUGCUCCAACAUUGGUCGCUGUAGACGGAAAUCUUUCCGAGGCUAGUCUGAGGUCCGUUGUACAGUCAUGCUUCGAGAAGGAAGUGCCAGCUCCGCAAAGUGAGCCGACAUCAGUACCUAAAUCUGUUCGGAUCCUCCCCGCCAUUGCAUCAAUUCUUGGCAAGGAUACAGCGGACAUUGCACCGGUGGCCUUUGCCUCCCCUAACCUUAUCGAGCUCGCCCACCUCUACCGAACAGCUAGCUCUGAGCCCCUGGGAUUGACUUCCCACCAACACUGGUGGCGGGUGAUCGACAGUAUGGAUCUCGGCUCGCAUUUCCGUAUGGAGCUCGAGCAGCUCGCUAGACUGAAUGCGUGUGAUUCGACCCCUUCGAAGGGGAGCCUGUCCUUCCUGCUGGGAGAAGGCAUUGCGCAAAUGGCCGUUCAUCUUCUGCCGUUCUUCCAGCACCUUGUCCUUAAGGCAGGCGAAAAGGGUCUAUUCACAGUCUUCCGAAUACCUUCGCCCGCCGCACAGCAAUCUGCUUGGGCGUACGAACGCAGCAAUAUCCGUCGGAGACAGGUGGUUGCUCAAGGUAGAGAUGGAGGUAUUGUUGUUUUGAAGCAUCACCCUGCAGUCCCUCUGCGGCCGACAGACAUCGUCAAUGUCACCGGCGCCGGUGAUUCUCUGGUUGGAGUUGUGCUUGCUACCCUGGUUCAGAGCCCGAAAGCAUUUCAUGCUCCAGAUUCGCUCGCAAAGCUCACUGUAAGAGCACAACAGGCUGCCAUCAUGACGCUGAAGUCAUCACAAGCGGUCUCUCCAGACCUAAUCUUCCCGUAG